GAGGAAAGAAAGGCGGGAGGGAGUAAAGCAGAAAGGGGGAUGAGGAAGGAAGGGAGAAGGGAGAGAGUGGUACAACGCUUGGGUGCGGGGAAGGUGACGCCAUUAAGUAUACAGUCUCCAGUAUACGGGCUGAAUCAAUGGUUUGCCCGCCUCAUAUUACCGUUACAACUACUACCACAACUACCACCACUACCACUAUCAGUCUCUUGUAAAAGUAUGCCGCGGGGAGACGGGGGUAAGGCAGUGGUUAAGGGGUCGGACAAGAAGGGCGACAAACCUAAGAAGAAAUCCAAGAAAAAAUCCUCUAAGGACUCUGCAGGAGGUCGAGUCCAUGUUGACAUACUGGGGGAGACCGCCAUGAAGAAUGCCCUUUACAUAUGCCACAGCGUCCAAGAGCUGCUAUUCUGGAGAGGGUAUCAGUGGGCACCUGGGGGCAAGAAGCAAAAGAAAGGGAAAAAGGGCAAGAAGUGAUGAUAAAGAAGAGAUAAAAAAGAGAGGAGAUAAAGAAGAGAU